GUCUUGUUGUGCAGAUGCUAAUUGCUGUAGGGAAUCAGCCUGUCGGCCCAGGAGGACGCCUUGCUGGGAGACGGUGAAACGUAGCCCUUCUGGGUCAGCAGGGUCUUGAGGAUGGACAGUUCGUUCUGUCAUGUUCGCGGAGCGAAGCAGACCCAGAUGCUGGAACCCAGAAGGAAUACGGGAGACAUAUGAAGAUUAGACAGUUUAUUGUCCGUGGAAAUAGCUGAGCUGAAGAAUAGAUCCGGAACUGCGGGCGAUGAUCCAAGCAGUGAGACAGGCGGGUGGAGUAUGGCGAGCAGAGAAGAUCAGAGGCGGCGGACCCAGGUUGGGGUACGAAGGAUGGACCUGGGGAGGGCAGAGAUGAUGAGGUCAAGAAGAGAAGAGAUGCUCGUUCAACUUGUCUUCAGAUUAAGUGUUUUGCUCAGUGGUCUCCAGCCAGCAUCGUCCUUCACAACUACUGGAUUUCCGCUGAGCCGGAGCAACACAUGGUCAGCUACAAAAUGUGAAUUCUUCCCUCCUCCUCCUCUUCCACCUCCAAUGUUUCUUCCGAUCAAUCGUAAAGCAGGACUGAUGGUUGACAUAACUGAACACAUCACAGGAUCUAAAGGAGAAAAGGGCUGCAAAGGAACCAGAGGAAAACAGGGUCUGCCAGGGUUAAAGGGUCAGUCAGGAGAAGCAGGAUUACAAGGAGCCUUUGGACUGCCCGGACCAAAGGGAGAGAAGGGGGACCAGGGCUGGAGGGGGCUGUAUGGAGACAUCGGGACUCCUGGCUUGAUAAAGGGAAGUAAAGGACUUGCUGGACUGAGGGGGGAGAAAGGCUUUAAAGGCAGCGUUGGCCUCAGUGGUGAGAAGGGGAAGCGUGGGACCCCGGGGGAGCCAGGAGAGAAGGGCCACCCAGGUCAGCAAGGAAAUACAGGGCAGAAGGGGGGAAUGGGACCCAGAGGAGACAUGGGACCAAGAGGAAGCAUGGGAUUGAGGGGGUCUCAUGGACACACAGGACUGCUAGGUAAUCCCGGUCCAGCAGGACCACCAGGUUUACCUGGAGAGCCUGGUCUUCCUGGACAAGUGUACAUCCUGCCAGGCCUUCAAGGAGACCCGGGGAGCCAGGGAGCUUCAGCGGACACGUGCAGCUGCGCACAGGUUCAGAGACAAAAGGGUGAAGACCUCGAGAUCUUCAUUGCAGAUGGAGAGAAGGAUAUGAGGAAGCUGCGGAUUGAGAACACGCUGGUGUUGCGUACCGACAGAAGAGCACUGUACCUCUUCGCUGAGUCCCAGUGGAUCAACGUGCUGGUAGCCUCUGCAGCAUAUAGAAACAUGGGUCUUGAAGAAGAAACCAAGAUAUAAGUCACAGAGCGCCGAAGGGACUGAAUGGACGCUUCAACAUCAGACUUGGCAGCCCCAGACAUCCAUCGUCCAGCUGCUCUCUUGCCAUUUUCCCAGAUUUCAUGCAUGUUCAUCUUUGAACAUCUGUUUUCCUCAGAGGAGUGAGCAUAUGAUCUACCAGUAUAAAACCUCAGGUACUCCUGUCCUGUGGGGUUUUGAAGCCAAGAAAUUACACUUUCACCUCAAUAAAAACUGUAACAACAUCAAAGCAGUUGCAUUUUUUUCUGAUCAU